AUGAUCCUGCCCGAAUCUAAUAUUCUGGCAGCGAAUCUCUGUGUGGAUCCUGCGGAGCAAGAGCCAAUGGGAGAGCGCCACGUGGCAGUCCAGCAGUCACGCGUGGCAGCACUAGUGGACGCGGGGUGCCUGCCGCCCUUCCUCUCCCUCAUCCGCUCCGCUGAUGCCGACGCUGUGCGGCUCGGCUUGCAGUUCACUGAAGUGGUGAGGAGGGGUGUAGGAAGCUGCGGGGUGGUGGGAAGGGUAUGUGAAGGUGUGCGGUGUGGUGCACUAGUGGACGCGGGGUGCCUGCCGCCCUUCCUCUCCCUUAUCCGCUCAGCAGAUGCUGACGCUGGGCGGUUCGGCCUGCAGUUCACUGAAGUGGUGAGGAGCGGUGCGGGAAGGUAUGGGGUGGUGAUGAGGGACAAAAGAGGGCUGCGGCUUGUGGAGGAGGCGGACGGCAUUGAUGCGAUAGAAGCAGCCCAAUUUGUAGGCAAUGAGGAGCUGCACUCCAUGUCCAGCUAUCUAUCCGCGCGCCCCUGGAUGCCCGUCGUCGUUCUCUCCGACUGCCGCCCGCCGCCCAACCUCUUCCAUUGCAACCGGCUGGUGCACCGCGACGGGCCCGCCUGGCUCUUCAACUUGACGGUCGCCGACAUGCGCCGUCGGCUGCAGCCCGUCGGGAACUGCGCGCUCGCCACCCCGGAACCCCAGCUGCUGCCAGGUCAACUGACCGAUCAGCAACCUGCCGCUGCGCGCCGACUUGCGUACGCCACAGUGCUGCACAGCAAGGAGGACUACGUGUGCGGCGCGAUCGCGCUGGCGAACAGCCUCCAGCGGAGCGGCACGCGCGCGGAGCUGGUAGCGCUGGUUUCCGCGGAGAUCGGGAACUUCAGCCGCGGAGGCCUAGAAGCGGCCGGGUGGCGGCUGAUCGAGAUUGAGAGGAUUCGCAAUCCGUUCGGACGCGCGGGCACAUACAACCAGUGGAACUACAGGUGA